UCUACGUCCGCUGGAAAGAGAAGAAGGAUAAGGACGUGGGCAAAGCUCUUGGUUGGAUUCAACACCACUGCCAGGCCGUGUUUUUUGAAGACCAAACCAUAUUACCAUGUUUUUAUCAGGCUAUGGUUGAAAUAAUUGAUGCUCUCCACUGCAAGAAUAUUGUUUUGGGUUCAUUUCCAGUUAGCUUACUGAAGGAAGUUUAUGGAUGUAUGUGUAGUACAUAGCCUUAAUUAGAAUUUCUAUAUGGUUGAUGGCUCAUGCUGCUCUUCAAUGAUGAGCCCUUUGAAUACAAGAAUAUGGUUCUUGCUGUACGCAGAGUAAAUGCAAUACUAGUCAUAUGUUCUACUUGUAAAUCAUUUCAUAAAGGAAAUGUAGAACCUGUGGUUGAUGUCCAAAAUCAUCAUGGUAUGGAUGCACUAUUUAAUAACCAUACAAAAGACAGAGAGCUGGUAGCAUUGACCAAAAGAUUAUCGGAUUUCAUGCUCAAAGGGGAAGUAGAGUAUGCAAGAAAAUUUUUUGAUCAAAUGUGCCAUAGAGACUCUAUUUGUUCGAAUGUGAUGAUCAGGGGUUACAUCAAGAACCACAGGACUGGUGAUGCAAGGGCGAUUUUUGAUAGCAUGAAUGAGAGGAACGCUGUUUCAUGGAACACCAUGAUAAUGGCUUACACCCAAGAGAGAAAGAUGCACACUGCUUUGAAGUUAUUUUUAAUUAUGCCUGAUAAAGAUGACUUCAGCUGGACCACUAUAAUAUCUGGGCUUUGUUUGGAUUCACAAAUUGAAGAUGCAUGGAAAUUAUUCAAGCAAAUGCCUAACCCUAGUUCGAUCUCCUGGUCUUCUGUUAUAUCAGGUUUUCAGCAAAAUGGGUUGUCUGCUGAAACUUUGAUGCUCUUUAAAGAAAUGGUGUCAAUAGGGAUUCAACCGACUUCACAUUCACUUACUAGUGCUUUGACUGCUUCGGCAGAUUUGGCAGCUUUUUUCUUUGGCCAACAACUUUAUUCCCAACUUCUUAAAAGAGGAUUUGAGAAUAACACACACAUCAGAAACUCGGCCAUCUCUAUGUUCAUAAAAUCAGGUAAUGUUCAUUAUGCAAAGCGUAUUUUUGCAGAUAUGCCCCAACUUGACCUUGUCACCUGGAAUUCUAUGAUCAUGGGCUAUGGGCAGCAUGGGUAUGGCUUGGAAGCAACCAUAAUUUUCCAUCAGAUGCAAAAGGCUGGGUUCCUGCCUGACGGUGUCAGCUUCUUGGGUGUUCUUCAAGGUUGCAGCCAUUGUGGAUUGGUGGAAGAUGCAAGCAAGUAUUUUAAUAAUAUGAAGUCGGAUUAUGGAAUCUCCCCAAAACUGGAGCACUAUGCAUGCAUGGUUGAUGUCUUUGCACGUGCUGGGUUGCUGAAAGAAGCAUUUCAGAUAAUUAUGAAAAUGCCAUUUCAACCAACAACUAUCUUUUGGAAGAUAUUGCUGAAUGGGUGUAGGGUUUGGGGGUAUCUGAAAUUGGGUGUGUAUGUGGUUGAUAAGAUUUUGAAGCUUGAACCUUAUAAUUCAAGUGCGCAUUUGAUGCUUAUGGAGAUGUAUGCUUCAGCCAGGAAUUGGACCAGGGUUUUGGAAAUACGGAGAUUAAUGAGGGAAAGACAAGCAAGAAAGGAGUUCAGUUAUAGUUGGAUUGACAUACGGGGGAGGUUACAACUGUUCACUACAAGGGAUGAAACUCAUCUUGAAUCAGAUGGCAUUUACAUGACCCUUUAUUUGUUAUAUUACGAUAUUGCCGAGUGUUCAAGGAUAGAUUUGCCUAGAGAAUUGCGAGGCUAGUAUGUGAAAUCAUAGAAUCUUUUCCUUAUCAGUUCAGGAAGAUAUAGACAUGGACAUAUGCCAUCAGUAUCAAGGCCAUUUGCCAAAAGCAGGUCUAAAUUGAGGAUGUGCUGAUAAUUGAAAGUAGGUGGCUAAUAUCUGUAUGCUACAAUGAACCUGUACAUUUAGUUGGAGCACUGCAAACAAUCCAAAGGGCAUAUGACCCAGGUUCGGCUAUCGAUCAAUUGGCAGACUUCUCCACACCAGUUUCCAGUUGGGACUCUUGCUUCUAUGUUGUAGACCGAACUAGUCUACUAGAGAAUACCUUGUGACUUUCAGUGCCAACAAGUCUGCUGCUUAGAAGGUCAAGUUUCAGAACUUUUCAUGCUUGGGCUACGUUCUUGUGACAAGUUGUCAUGUACAUUGUUACCACUUUGUUGGGUGAUAAUUCUUAUUUUUGCUUGUGUUCUAAUAGGGUAAUAAUAGCUAUAUUUCUUUGUUAGGAGAAUUCUUUAUAUUUUAGUUCUGACAUAUAUAAAAU